AUGCCCACGUGGUUCGGUAGCCACGUGGCCUCGUGCUGGCCGCUAGAUGCCUCCUCCAUUUCUAGCCACGAGUUUCGCCGAAGUUUCUGGAAGGUCACGAGUCUGUCGGUUUGUUCAGCCAAAUCACCUAACUACCCUGAUUACGCCAACAUGGACAUGUGUCGUACUAAAGCAGAACAACAGAAAGAUCCUCAAAUUCUUAUGGAGUACCUCUGUAUCAGGGAAAACAUAAAUUAA